AGCAAAGAGGCAGGCAUGUUUCAACAGAUGGCUAGGGCUGUCCUGAUUCAACCACGACUCCACACCGCUGUUGGUUCACUGAGAACUCUGUGAGCAAGCUAGAGAGGGAGAGGGAGAAAUUUAACUUUGGAGAGAGGGAUUUCUUUUUUUCUUAAUUUGAAACUCCCCCUCCCCUUUCCCUCCUCGUUUCUCUGUGUCUAUAUUAGUGCUUUUUUCUCGUUCUCCGUGACAUCUGAGAGGGUGGUCAGUCAGUCUGUCAGGCAGCUAGCGAGAGAGAGAGGGAGAGAGAGAGAGAGAGAGAGAGAGAGAGAGAGAGAGAGAGAGAGAGAGAGAGGAGCAGAGUAAGAGUAAAACAGAGCAGAGCAGAAAAAGGACAGAGGACAGACAAGAGAUGGGAAGUGCAUGGUGAUGUGUGACUGAUUACCCAGCCCAGAGCAGUGCCCCCUCCUCCAGCAGCGCUACUGGGUCAGUACCCUGGGACAGCACCUGCUUCCCUGACAGACAUACACACGCUCAGGACCUGCAUCUGUGUGAGCCCACAGCCACCGGGAAGGAGUGAGAGAGACACGGGAAGAGAAAAGAAGGAAAGGGGAGGUAGUGUUGUGCUGUUGGACAGACUUGAGCUGUCACUCACUAUAUGCAUCAGAACCGCUGGGCCUCGACAGAACAUUCUUCAAGCUUCAUCCUGACUGCAACUUUCAUCUAACAGUAGCCCAGCCGCUUCUCCAAACAUAAAGAGACUCCCACAUCCCCAGAGAAGACAACCUUCCAUUGACAGGAGCUGUCCUAGCAGCAGCUGUAGCAGAGUGAUCCAGUAGCAGUAGCAGGGUUAGAGGUCAGAGGUCACCAUGGCGGGGCGGGGGACCCGUUACCUCCUCCUGCUUCUGGGGGUCGUGUCUCUGGCCCAGGCCUCCAUCUUUCUGUCCAGCCAGCGCCUCAAGGCCCGCUUCCAGAGGGACCGCCGCAACAUCCGGCCCAACAUCAUCCUCAUUCUCACUGACGACCAGGACAUGGAGCUCGGCUCCAUGCAGGCUAUGAAUAAGACCCGACGUAUCAUGGAGCAGGGCGGGACUCACUUCUCCAACGCCUUUGUGACCACGCCCAUGUGCUGUCCUUCACGCUCCUCCAUGCUGACGGGGAAGUACGUUCACAACCACAACACCUACACCAACAACGAAAACUGCUCCUCCCCCUCCUGGCAGGCCCAGCACGAGACUAGGACCUUCGGAGUGUACCUCAACAACACCGGCUACAGGACAGGCUUCUUUGGGAAGUACCUGAAUGAGUACAACGGUUCCUAUAUUCCUCCUGGGUGGAGGGAGUGGGUGGGGCUGGUCAAGAACUCCCGCUUCUACAACUACACCCUGUGCAGGAACGGAGUCAGAGAGAAACACGGCUGCGAGUACCCUAAGGACUACUUUACGGAUCUCAUCACAGAGGACAGCAUCAACUACUUCCGUUCCUCUAAGAGGAUAUACCCACACCGGCCAGUGAUGAUGGUGAUGAGCCACGCUGCCCCACACGGGCCGGAAGACUCCGCACCGCAAUACAGCACUGCCUUCCCCAACGCAUCCCAGCACAUCACUCCCAGCUACAACUAUGCUCCAAACCCGGACAAGCACUGGAUCAUGCGUUACACUGGGGCUAUGAAGCCCAUCCACAUGGAGUUCACCAACAUGCUCCAGAGGAAGAGGCUGCAGACCCUGCUCUCUGUGGAUGACAGCGUGGAGAAGGUGUAUAACAUGUUGGCUGAGACUGGAGAACUGGACAACACAUAUAUCAUCUACACAGCUGACCAUGGCUACCACGUGGGCCAGUUUGGACUGGUCAAGGGCAAGUCCAUGCCCUAUGAGUUUGACAUCCGAGUUCCCUUCUAUAUCCGAGGGCCCAACGUGGAGGCAGGAGCCAUCAACCCUCACAUGGUGCUGAACAUUGACCUGGCACCCACCAUCCUGGACAUCGCUGGCAUGGACGUCCCUCCUGACAUGGACGGCAAGUCCAUCCUCAAGCUGCUGGACAUAGAGAGACCAGUCAACAGGUUCCAGGUGAACAAGAAGGGGAAGGUGUGGCGAGACUCAUUCCUGGUGGAGAGAGGGAAGCUGCUUCACAUACGUGAUGUGCCUCCAGGGAAAGAUGUGGCCCAGGAGGAGAACUUCCUGCCUAAGUACCAGCGGGUCAAGGACUUGUGUCAGAGAGCAGAGUACCAGACACCCUGCCAACAGCUGGGACAGAAGUGGCAAUGUUUGGAGGAUGCCACAGGGAAGCUGAGGCUGUAUAAGUGCAAGGGCAUGGCCAGCAUGUCGGCAGCCCGGAAGGAUGGCCCUGCCAACAUCAAGUCCAAGUACUAUCCCCAGCACAAAGCGGAGCGCAACACAGAGCAUGAUGGCUGUAACUGUGACCAGCACCCCAGCUUCAGACUCAGCACCUUGAAGAAGAAGAAGCUGCUCUCCAAGAAGAAGAUGAAAGCCAUCAAGAGCUACGCCCGUAACCGUUACUCCCGCUCUGUGGAGAUGGAGAUAGGAGGGGACCUGUAUGCUGUAGACUUGGAGGAUGGAUACCAGCCUGCACCGGCCCCCAGGAACCUCAGCCAGGCUGGGGCCAGGACCCCACGCGACGACACUGAGGACGACUUCAGUGGCAUGGGGGUCACUGUCACUGUCACCCCCAGGACUAGCAGCAACAGUCUAGCUAUUGUAUCUUCUGGAAUCAAAGUCACACACAGGUCAGGGAGUGUGUGGAUGUUCAAUGUGGAUGGGUGCUCUAUUCUGGCCAAUGACACAGUGAAGUGUGAUACAGGGAUCUAUAAGUCCCUGCAGGCCUGGAAGGACCACAAACUCCACAUCGAUCACGAGAUUGAGACCCUGCAAACAAAGAUCAAGAACCUAAGAGAGGUUAGGGGUCACCUGAAGAAAGCCCGCCCAGAGGAGUGUGACUGCAACCACUACAUCUACAAGUCUAAGUACAAGAGUAAGCUCAGGCACAAAGGAGGCAGCAUUCACCCAUUCAGGAAGGGUCAGGAUAAGAAGGCGUGGUUACUGAAAGAGCAGAAGAGGAGGAAGAAGAUGCGGAAGCUGCUGAAACGUCUGAGGAACAACGACACCUGUAGCAUGCCUGGUCUCACCUGCUUCACCCACGACAACCAGCACUGGCAGACCGCCCCCUUCUGGACAAUGGGUCCGUUCUGUGCCUGCACCAGUGCCAACAACAACACCUACUGGUGUCUGAGGACCAUCAACGAGACACACAACUUCCUCUUCUGCGAGUUUGCUACUGGCUUCCUGGAGUACUUUGACCUCAACACGGAUCCCUACCAGCUGAUGAAUGCUGUGAACACGCUGGACCGAACCGUCUUAAACCAGCUCCACGUUCAACUCAUGGAGCUCCGCAGCUGCAAGGGCCACAAGCAGUGCAACCCCCGUACCCGCAACCUGGAGCUGGGAGCCAGAGAGCGAAGCAGCUUUGAUGAAUACAGGCAGUUUCAACGCAGAAAGUGGCCAAAAGUGAAGAAGCCCACCUCCAAAUCACUAGGACAGAUUUGGGAAGGAUGGGAGGGAUAGGGUUCAUGAGGCCAGAGUGGCCCCACCCGAAGUGCCCACUGUGGGGGGAACGGGAAUGGACUGGUCAGAACUUGAACCCUUGUACAGACUUGACGA